CAUAUCGUCAAAUUCGAUUGCUCUUCUCUCCAAAUCAAAUUAUCUCAAGAUCUUUGGGUAUCAAGUGAAAGUGUGAAGAGAUGUCAGGAAGAGGAAAGGGAGGAAAAGGAUUGGGAAAGGGAGGAGCAAAGAGGCACAGGAAGGUUCUGAGAGAUAACAUUCAAGGAAUCACAAAGCCUGCCAUUCGUCGUCUUGCUCGUAGAGGUGGUGUCAAGCGUAUCAGUGGUCUCAUCUACGAAGAGACCAGAGGUGUCCUUAAGAUCUUCCUCGAGAAUGUCAUUCGUGACGCCGUUACUUACACUGAGCACGCCAGGAGGAAGACGGUGACUGCCAUGGAUGUUGUCUACGCUUUGAAGAGGCAAGGACGUACUCUCUACGGUUUCGGCGGUUAAUCUGGAGAUUAGGGUUUAUGCAACUUUGGGAAUUUCUGGUUUCUGAGAUAUGUGUUUUAGGUUUGAUUAGUCAAAAGUAAAUCUAGGAGUUUUAGCUACUGCUUUUGUUUUUAUUGUUAUGUCGUUGUAUCCAAUGUUGUGUAGCUAAAAAUCUUUGCAAACUUUAUGCUAAGGAAGUCUAAUGAGAAUGAAUCAUUUGCUCGAUU